UGAAUCGCACCGUGUUCGAAUAGAUUGAUGUUAUUAUAUGUUGGAUUUUCCAGGCGUUCUUUCUUAGAAAGAGCCGGGUACAAGUCUACGUAAUUGUGUAUAAUUUUGCUUCUUUGCCGGGUGAAACACGAAUAUUUAAAUCAAUACGACUACUGCUUAUUAUAUCUUUGGGCGGUCGACAGCGGUAAGCACAAUUCAGCUUACAGUUCGUGUUGUACUCAACUUUUUCAAUUACGAAAGAAGAAGAAGACCCCUGCUGAGCAGGAGAUGGCCGUUUACCAUGAGUUGCUGACCUGGUGUCAAACAGAGGCUGAAGAGGUUCUGCAGAUCGUGGAGCAACCUGUUACACCCCUACAUCAGGAGUACAUGGAUUAUUUGGCAUUCAAAGCAGAAGUGGACAGAAGGGGGAAUAUUUAUAACAAAAAAGACGAAAAAAUCCGAAGUGGAAAAUCUGUAAAAUUAACACCGGAAACCUUCAAACCCCUUGAGGAGACCUGGAAGAAAGUGGCUCGACAGACGCGUCUCUGGCUGUGGAAAUUGGACGCGAGCCUGCCGGGAAAGCUCGGAAAGUCUGGCGAUUGGUUGAACCAGGCAGAGGACAUUCUGGAGCUUGAGAAAGAAUUCUUAGAGGAUCCCAAUGAGAUGGCAAUGCAGCUGGGAAAAAUACUACAGGAUCACAGGACAUUCUUUAAAGAGCUGGAACCCCAGAAGACAUUCUUCCAGCAAGUGCGUCGUGCGGGAAAAUUCGAGGGUACACAAAUCCCGGCCCCACAGAUGGACAACCUCCACCAGCGUCUGACGCGUGUCUGCACGAUGGCCCCGCAGCGCGAGCGCAGGCUGGAAUAUGAGGAGAUGAAGCACCAGCUGCUGGCAUUCCUUGUGGCCUCAGAAAACAAGCUCAAGAUAUGGACCGUCAAGUAUGGCCAUCAACCCAAUGUGGAAGCGCUACUUGCUGAUUAUAAGAACUUUGUACAUUCCGGGAACCUAUUCAAAAACUAUGACCAAACAUACGAGACCUGCAAGCGUAAUGGAGACGCAUACAGAAAAACCAACGAUGACAAGACCGAGACAGAGAAAAUGAAUGCUUACUUUGACGAGGUGAAUGGACGCUGGAAGAAAGUCUCAGUGGAGAUCAAGAGCGUUCAGUCGAUGGUGGAGGAGGUGAUAGAUUGCUGGCGGAAAUACAACGCGUGUGUGGACGUGCUCACGGUCUUGCUGAAUGAUGGGGAGCGGGUCAUGUCCAGAUCUGCAGACGAAAAACAGCAAUUUUUUGCCGACCUUGCAAACUUUGAAGAAAAACAUAAAAUCCUGAUUGAGUCUGGAAACUUCUUGAUCGAGACCACAAAAGAGCCGGUUGCUGCUGAAAUCAAGACGACCCUGCUGAUGGUUAAUCGUAGGUUGAAAGAUCUUGUAGAAUCAUUCCAGCACUUCAAGAAAGUAGAGGUCGUGGGUAAAGCUCGCAAGGAUUACAAUGAUGGUCUUCUUAAACUGACACAGUGGUUAAAAGGUGCUGAGGAGCUAUUUGCAAGAGAAGUCCCCUGCAAACAUGCUGUGCUGCGAGAUUAUUUAAAUGACCUUGAGACAUUGAGCAACCAGAUACCAGCCAUCGAAAACGACUUCAAGACCACGACAAAAACCGCCCAGUCCCUGGUAAAAGAGUGCUCCCAGGAUGUGGUGAACGAGAUGCUUCAGUCCCUGAACAUCCAGAAAGAGGUCAUCGUGCGACUGCGCAAGGAGAUCCAAGAGAAGACCAAGAAUGUGAAGGCCGUGUUGCCUAACAUAGAGUCCCUGGAGAACGGUCUGAUGGACCUGGACACGUGGCUGAGUCGCGGGGAGGCUCUGCUCGAGUCACACAAACUGGACGGGACCCAGGAGGAGACGGAACAGUGGCUGGAGAAACACAAGGCCUUUUUCUCUGAGAUCACCUAUCAGAAGUCUAUACUGGACAGCAAGAACAAGGUGCACCAGAAGGUUGAAUCAUCGAAGCCCAAACUCGAGAAUAUUGACUUCUCAGUAACAGACGGCGCAGUGGAAGAAUUGAACCACAGGUUCCAUGAGCUACAACAAACUCUGAAUAAGCUGAAAGGCAGCCUGUCGGAGGUCCAGAAACUAAACGCAAUCUUUUGCGAGGGAGCGAGUCGGAAGAGAUGUGGACCACUUAAAGGAGAGCGUUUGAACCACUUCUGUGAUUGGCUGAACGAGAAGGAGGAGAAGCUGAACGCGGUGAACGAGGACAAGACUAAUAGUCCAGAGAAGAAACUGGAACAGGCAAAGGCUAUUUCUACAGAAGUAUACGAAAACCAUAUUACAUUGGAGAAUCUUGAAAAAGAUGCUAAAGGACUGUCCCAAAACUUCCGCUCACGCGAGACAGCUGCUUUAAAAGCCAAGCUCUCCACGGUUCGGCGCCAAUGGGAGAGCCUUUGUGCUCGCGCCAACGACCACAGCUCGUCCUAUAAGACAAACGUGGAGCACUGGCAGAUGUACCAGAUCCUAGCCAAGGACCUCAUGCCCUGGAUCGUGAAGGCAGAGAAAUACUGCGCCACUGAGCUGCCGAAAUGUUCGAGUCUGGAAGAAGCCAAGGAACUGUAUGCCCUGCACCAGAGCUUCUUGAACGAGUGCGAAGAAAAUAUUUCGAUCUUUGAGAAGAUGACCACAGAGGCAGGUUACCUCCUCAGCCAGCCGAAUAUGCAGAAGGAGCUGGACACGCUUCAGCGGCGCUAGGGGGACGUGAUCCA